GUUGAUAUAAAUUAAUUAAUUAUCGUUUACUAGGCCUCCACCAUUGAUGGACGUCGCAAGGGCGCCUGCCUGUUCUGUCAGGAGUACUUCAUGGAUCUGUAUCUGCUGGCCGAGCUGAAGACAAUCAGUCUGAAGGUGACCACAGUGGACAUGCAGAAACCGCCGCCAGAUUUCCGCACCAACUUCGAGGCGACGCAUCCGCCGAUCCUGAUUGACAACGGCUUGGCCAUAUUGGAGAACGAGAAGAUCGAGCGGCACAUUAUGAAGCAUAUACCCGGCGGCUACAAUCUGUUCGUGCAGGACAAGGAGGUGGCGACGCUCAUUGAGAAUUUGUAUGUGAAAUUGAAGCUGAUGCUGGUGAAGAAGGACGAGGCCAAGAACAAUGCGCUGCUCACCCAUCUGCGCAAGAUCAACGAUCAUUUGGCCAAUCGCAACACUCGCUUCCUGACGGGCGACACCAUGUGCUGCUUCGACUGUGAGCUGAUGCCGCGCCUGCAGCACAUUCGCGUCGCUGGCAAAUACUUUGUUGACUUUGAGAUACCGACACAUUUGACGGCGCUGUGGCGAUACAUGUACCAUAUGUAUCAGCUGGACGCAUUCACACAAUCAUGCCCAGCCGAUCAGGACAUUAUAAAUCACUAUAAGCUGCAACAGAGUCUCAAAAUGAAGAAGCACGAGGAGCUGGAGACGCCCACGUUUACCACAUCCAUUCCAAUUGAUAUUUCGGAGUAAAGUUUUCUAGAGCCAUGCACAGUUAUUAUUAUUUUAAACUUUUAUUUUUUUUUUGACAACUUUACAACUAUAUCUACUAUAUAUAUCAGCUACUUUAUAUAGAGAACAACUUCUGAAUGACAACCAUACGAAAAGGAAAACAAAAACAUAAAUGUAUAUGUAUAUGUAUAUAUAUAUAUACUUAUGUAAUAUAUAAAUGUAUACCACAUAACUAUAAUAUAUUAUAUAAACGCGAGUUUUGUAAGCAGCCACCGUUGCCUUUCUUAAAAUUUUAAUUUACA